CAGAGUUCUCUCUCUCUCUCUUGAUCGGCAACAAUGCCGAUUAACCGCAACCGUCCGAUCAAUAUCAUCCUUUUCCUCAUCGUCUUCUUCCUUUUAACGACCGAAACAACAGCAGGAAAGUGGAGUAAUCAAACCCGCCGAGCCAACAAGAGGGUUCAACACGCGUACUACUCUUAUCCUCACCGUUCAUGCGAAUCUUUCUCACGUCCUUACGCACGCUCUAUGUGCAUUGAGCUCGAAAGAAUCCAUAGAAGCAGUCGACAACCGCUUUUCUCUCCUCCGCCUCCUCCUCCAGAGAUCGACCAAAGGUACGGCGUCGACAAAAGACUCGUCCCCUCCGGCCCAAACCCACUUCACAACUGAAAAUUAAAAACCCUUUCUUGUGAGUCACGGCCAAUUUUAUACUGUAUAGAGAAGAAAAACGACAUUGCUUUGGGUGAAGAAACAGAGCAAGCUAGGGUU